GUAGUUUUCAUCGAUUGUCUUCCGCGACAUCGUUUUCGACUUGCUCUUUUGCUUCCUUCAUACUCUCCAACAUUCCCACCUUCCGAAGCGCUUUAUGCGACGCAUGGCAUUGACUGUUAUAGUAUUAUCAUUUGAAUAACUCAAGAGGGUCAGGGCACCGCAAGAAAUUUUGCAAUCUUCUCAUCCCUGGUUCUGAAAUUAUAUGAAUUUCCACGAUCUUGCUAGAACUGAGAAGCGCUUAAAUACGAAGUCCUAGCAACUGGCGAGAUGCGACGAAUCCCAUACCUUCGGUUGCGGAGAGCACUUUGACACUUGUUUUUGUUUGGGAAUGUUUGGGAAGGCAGAUGGUACGACUGAGUUGGAUGCUUUCUAUCCCAUCCGACCAGAAUGUAUAGCUGACGUUCCAAAGACUCGUUUUAAACCAAGGGCUGGCAAAACUCUAAGUGAAAGAAGAUGGCAUGCUUCAUUCACUCAAGAUGGUCACUUGGAUAUUGCCAAAGUGCUUAGACGAAUCCAACGGGGGGGUAUACAUCCUUCAAUUAAAGGAGUAGUUUGGGAGUUCUUGUUAGGCUGCUAUGAUCCUAACAGCACGUUUGAAGAACGGAAUCAACUUAAGGAGCAAAGGAGGGAACAAUUCAACACAUGGAAAGCUGAAUGUCAAAGGUUGGUUCCAGUUAUUGGUACUGGAAAAUUCAUUACAACACCUCUCAUCGGUGAUGAUGGCCAGCCAACCGAUGAUUCUUUGAUAAGUGUGCCUCUUUCAGAUAAGAAAGUUCUGCAGUGGGUACAGACGUUACAUCAGAUUGGUUUGGAUGUUGUAAGAACUGAUCGAGCUCUUGUGUUCUAUGAGAGUGAAACUAAUCAAGCAAAACUAUGGGAUGUUCUGUCAAUUUAUACGUGGUUGGAUGAUGAUAUUGGCUAUGUGCAAGGAAUGAAUGAUAUAUGCUCACCCAUGGUGAUACUUCUUGAGGAUGAAGCAGAUUCCUUUUGGUGCUUUGAGCGUGCAAUGCGAAGGCUGAGAGAGAAUUUCAGGACCAGUGCAAGUUCAAUGGGGGUGCAAUCUCAGUUGAGUACGCUCUCCCAGAUUAUUAAAAUUGUUGAUCCCAAGCUCCACCAACAUCUUGAUGAUUUAGAUGCUGGGGAGUAUCUCUUUGCAUUUCGCAUGCUGAUGGUUCUUUUCCGCAGAGAAUUUUCAUUUGCUGAUGCUCUUUAUCUUUGGGAGUUGAUGUGGGCCAUGGAAUACAACCCAAACAUCUUCUCAUUAUAUGAAAAACCAGAGACUUCCCAAACACAAGAAAAUGCACCUGUAGUGAGUGGCAAAUUGUUGAAGCAGUACGGCAAAUUUCAGAGGAAGAACUUGACAACAGGCAAUACUGAGCAGCAUAGUGCGCUAGCAGUUUUUCUUGUUGCAAGUGUUCUUGAAGUGAAGAAUAGGCAGAUCUUAAAGGAGGCUAAGGGUGUAGAUGAUGUUGUUAAGAUCUUGGGUGACAUAACGGCAAACCUUGAUGCUAAAAAAGCAUGUACUGAGGCAUUGAAAAUUCAGAAAAAGUACCUGAGUAAAACCAAGAAGGCAUGAGAGAUAUUUCUGGUGGCAGCAGUGGAUACUGAAUCUUUCUUCGGCGUGUGAAAUUCUUCGAGGUGUUUGGCCAUUCGUCGUAGGCCAACUUUUUCCUCUUGUAAUAGCUAGCAGCUUCUUACCCCUGUUCUUUUUU